CUGAAGAUGCCUUGCUCGGACGGGCGUUUGCGCAGACAGCAUCACAACACUCGAAUAACCAGCUCUCAAUCAACACACCAACCCAAGAGCCAUUCAACGCUGUCAUGUCUACCGCCACGCAAAAACCUGUCAAACUCCCCGUCACAGUCGACAAACCGACCCCCUACACCUUCGACCUGGGCCUGCUCCUCGCCAACGACCCGAACCCAGUCUCGAUCCCGCCCACAGCCGCCGCCGACCGGACCUCCCUCGAAACCCACCUCACCUCGGUCGCCCGCGACGGGGCCCAGGUGCUCAUCAACCAGCUCCUCACAACCUGCACAAUAACCUCGCACCGCGACGGCGUGCUCCUCACCCUCCCGCCUCCGCAGACCCCGCUACCCCGCGAGAAGCCCAUUCCGACGCCCAAGCCCGAGACCAAAUGGUCGGCUUUCGCCAAGCGGCGCGGCAUCAAGCCCAAAACGCGCGAGCAGCGGCGCAACCUGCAGUACAACGAGGCCACGGGCGAGUUUGAGCGCAAGUGGGGGUACAAGGGCGCCAACAAGGCCGGGCAGGACGACGCCAUCAUUGAGGUGAGCGCCAAGCAGCAGGCGGCCGAGCGGGAGAAGGGGACAAGCGUGAGGGGGGACAAGCGGCGGGAGAUUCGGGAGCGGGUGAAGAGGAAUGAGAGGAGGAUGAGGAGGAAUUUGAGGAAUGCCGAUGGGAGGAAGUAGAGGGGUGUCUUAUGUUACGGUGGGCAAUAGGAGAUUGGGGAAAGGGUUGUCUGUAUCAUUGCAAUUUGAGGCGUACGAUAAGGCUUGUGAUUCAACGGCUGUUGCUGGCGUUGCGUGUGGUAUCGGGUCAGAGAGGAAGUGAAAACGCUGGGUUGGGUAGGGGCUCUACUCGGUAACAUAAAGAGGGAUUCGGCAGCGUAUGUGACCUAGCUCGCUUGCGCACGUUCAGAUGCAAAAUCAUCUUAUAGUAUGCCAUCUCUGGGCCUUGGAACUCGACUGUUCACCACGA